UGCAAUUACUGCGACGGCACAGAAAUAAUACAUUCAAGCAACAACACAUUAAAGUGUUCUGAAUCCUGACCUAUGAAGACAAUGACUGUUCUGAUAAAAAAACUAAUUUGAGGGUGAACAAAUGUGCUCAUCGUCCGGAGGGCUUCAGCUGUAGCGCCCAAAGAGAACACUAUUUCCCAGAAUCCUUUGUGUUCUACGCGUGCGUCAGAAGUGCGACGGAAAUCUGUAACAAAACAAGCCGAAGCACAGGUGAUUUUUUUUGUUAAGCGUAAUUCAAUAAUGGAGUCGGAACAGGCAAAAGAAGACUGUGCUCCAAACCAGCCAGAACCCACUCCUCCUUCUGAGGCAAAGAAGCCAGGUCAGGCUCCGUACGUCCCCAAGCAACGACUCCAGGGCUCCAAAGAAAAAGCUCCGGCUCAGGGAGAAGCAAAACCAAGACCCAGGCCUCGCUACACAGACAAGGCAAAGAAGAAUGCCAAGAACAAGAAGGACAAGGCUGGAGCAGCGGACAUGGGAGCGCCUGUUGAAGGAGAGCUACAGAAUGGUGACCCUGAAGUGAAGGAAGAGCGUUUACAGGAUGCAGAUGUACAGGAGAAUGGGCAGCCUGAAUCAACCAAUGAAGAGGCCGAUGCCACCUCAUGGCUGGAAGCACCGGCCUCUGAGGAAGGGGAGGAGGAGAGCUGGGACACCUUGUUCAAUGAUGAUGGAGAUUCUCUUGAACCGCACCUUGAAAAGCUGACUUUGAAGGAAGGUAGAAAGAAGAAGUCAGCCCAGCAGCCCAGGUUUGAUUACUUCAACAUGGAAGGAGAUGAAGAGGACGACGUCGACAUCGCGGAGGAUGAACUUGCUCACAUUGUAGAGAUCUACGACUUCCCUGCUGAAUUUAAGAUCGAGGACCUUCUCAAGUUAUUUCAGUGCUACCAACAGAGAGGAUUUGACAUCAAGUGGCUUGAUGACUCUCACGCCCUGGGCCUCUUCUCAAGCCCCAUCGCAGCUCGUGAAGCUUUAAGAUCCAAGCAUCCUCUCAUGAAGCUGCGACCUCUCUCCAAAUCCUCCUCCGACACGAAGGACAAAGCUCGUAGCUGCUCAGACGACCUCCUGCCUGCUAAAGAGAGACCUCAGACCAGCGCAAUGCUGGCUCGCAAGCUUGUGAUGGGCGCCCUCGGUGUAAAGAGCAACCAGACGAAGGAGCAGGGCGAGGCAGAGAGGAAGAAGCUCCAGGAGGCGAAGGAACAAAAGCGCCUGGCAGCCAAACAAAAGGAAGAUGCCUGGGAGGGCAAGUGAUUGGACAGAAACUACCGUUUUAUUUUUUCUUUUUUUUUUCUUUUUUUAGAUUUCCUGAUUCAGCAGAGGCUUACGUCUUCUCUGUUUCUUCUCUUGCUCCGUUUUGGUCAACUGGCCACUCCUCCUCCUCCUCCUCCAUACCACCACAUUUCCCAGAAAUGGAUUCCCACCAUUUUUGUUCCUUCUUUUGGCCACAGUCCUUCCCCAACUGUUACUGAAGGUCUCAUCAUUCACUGUCCGUUUGCCUGCAGUGUUACAUCAGAUGAAAGGGUCCAGCUAUUGUUCUUUUUAUGUUCACGCAGGGACUGUUGCAUCUGUGCCAUGGCCGAGGCUAAAACAACCGCCUCGCCUGGGUUUUCUUUCACAUUUCUUAACAUUGUAACCACAGUCUGUAGUGAAACACACAGAUAACCAUUUGUCUACUCUUAUUGAAUAGAUCUUAGAAAUCAUGUUUGUCUUUAUAUCAAUUUUUUUUUUUUUAAACUGUUUUUAAAGAUGACCCAAGUAAAUCUUGUAAACGUGAGGGAAGCAAAGUUUCACGUCGCUAUUCCUGAACCAUACAGUGCAUCACUAUACUCUAUAUGAAGACAUUACUGAGAUUGUUUGAGGACAUCUUAGCUCGUAUUAUUAAACAUUUUCUGAGAAGUCAAAAAGCUACUGCUAUUGGUCUUUUCCAGUUUCCUGAAGACGUACAUAUUGUGUGCUCAUCUGUACCCAUUUUCAAUGGGAGGAGUCUCGUUGUCCAAGCAGAACUGACGAUAUUUCGCUUGUCAUUCAUUCUGAAGAACAAAUGUUGACACAUUUUGUCUUCACGUUGCUAGCCGGUUAAAAAUAAAAAAGCCAUUUUGGGGUUUGUUUUUGGAAGGAAAAAAAAGUGAGAAAACUUUAUUAUCACUGUCAUUAUAUACAGACAGGUACAUACAUGACAUCCUAAACACUGAGGAGCAGCACGUGUCCAUGUGUGACGUGUCUGUCCAGUAAUCACGGUAAAGAAAUGAACAAGUAAACACAUUUACCAGAAAGUAAGACAUUGUGAAUAACAUUUUAUUUGGUGAUAGUAUCUUUGAAAACUACAUCCUGAACAACUAGUACGGUGUCUUAAAGCGCACAGUGACAGAUCCAGAGUCAGUGAACUUGAAUGAAACUAUUGAGCAGACAUUGUAUUUUAGCUGCAUUGAUUUUAUUUUAAGCUGAAGUAUAUCCACGAAAUAAUUCGUUGAAUAAGGGAAGUUCAACGACAGUUUUGGUGAAAUGUUUCCGCUUCAGUUGAAGUAUUACGUGAUCUAGUAGUUGAGAAAAUUCUGCAAAAAUGGGGUUUAUCACAACUUUUUCAAUCUGCUUUAGAUUAAAGGAUUUGUUGUCACCCUCAACAUGCUGUUUUUCUUUGUCACUUGAAAGUUUAAAUGCUGCACUUUAACUAGAGAGAGACAGCGUUUCAUAAUCCAGCCUUCUGAGACACACACCCAGGCUCCAGACCACAGACCACGUGACACUGAGUCUCCGGCACCUCCUCAGCCAACAAUCAA